AUGUCUUUUCAAGCAUCACGACGUUCCUCUGAGGACGAGGAGACGUUCUACAUGCAGUGUAGAGCUGCGUAUCUGGCUGUGUUUCGAUCUAGUUUGACUAAUAUUACUUCAAAACAGCAGCUAUGUCACGGUAGAAAUCCAUCCCAAGCAACCCUCAGUAAAUACUGGACUCCUGGAACAUCCAAACUAAACUUUGAUGACUUCUGUGGAAUACUCAAAUGUGAAAGACAAACCGAGGAGGCGGAGCUAAUGAGAGCUUUUAAAGCUAUGGAUGUGAACGGGGAUGGCUACAUCUUACACAGUGCAUUGGAAAAGGUUUUAACCACAAAAGGUGAGAAAAUGACUACUGAGGAGGUGAAUACUAUUUUCUCGUUAGCUGAUGUCAACAAAGACGGCAAACUGGACUACACACAGUUCUGCAGGUUGUUUGCAUCAACGGUGCGUCAGUGCCAAUCGGUUGCCAUGCAGAAGCUUGAGACGGACGGGAGAUGGAAGAAACAAAACUUUGGCAGUCAGUCGUACAGCCCUCCUAAGGCUGGCGCGCCCUCUGACCCCACAGCAGUGGAAGUGGCUGCGGCUCACCGCGCAGACUCUGAUUCAUCUCUAAAGAAAGACAGCAAGCCAUUGUCCCGCCUUUCCUCUGCUCGCAGCCGCCGCUCGUCCCUCUCAAACGCCGUUACCGUGAGGGCAAGCAACGCCAAGGCCAGCCAGGUCUUAGAACCUGCAGGUCUGCAGGACUGGCAUCACAGCUUCCGGAAGGGAUGCUUCUUUGUGGAGGAGGAUGGGAGCAUCAGCUCUCUGCAGUACCAGCUCCACGUCCCCCAGACAACCAACGUCUACAUAACCAUCCAUCCUCUGAACAUCCACACACCUGAAAAGCCUUCGUCGUGGAUGACAGUGGACACGGCACUUUUCAUCGUGUCAGCUGGUGAAACCAAAGAAGAGGCGACUUUAGUGUCCUUUACUGAAUCAAAAGACAAGGAAAAAUAUGUGUGGAUGGGAGAGUUAAACGCUGGAACAUACUACCUGCUUCCAUUCACCAGUGGCUGCAGAUUAAAGAAACACAACAAAAAGAGCUUUCCAGGUAAAUCUGUGGAACUGGUCUAUAAGACUGACACCGGGGAGCUGGACUUCACCCGCGAGCUAAGGGAGGUGCUGUCUGACGUCUUUGACAUGAUAGACCUAGAUGGAAAUGGCCUGCUGAGUCUGGAGGAGUAUAAUUUCUUUGAGCUGAGGACCAGUGGAGAGCAGUGUGAUAAAGAAGCGUGGGCAAUCUGCAAAGAAAACUUUGAUAUGAGAAAGAAUCAGCUGACACGACAGGGUUUCAUGGAGCUGAACUUAAUGGAGGCCACAGAGAAAGAUGGAGACUCUGCUGAUUUAUGGGUAACCCUGGAGGCCAUGGGCUACAACCAAAUGCUGGAGCUUACAGAGGCGUGUCCAUUCCAAAUAGAUGUGUACUGUGAAAGUUCUCAGCCAUCCUUACAAACCCUCAGUCUGGAAUCAGGACCAAAACUGCUGAACCAGGCUGUCCAGAAAUCCAUCACAGCAAAGAGUGGAGCCAAAGCACUAAGAGGACAUGACAAUGUCUUCAUCUUUACUUACAAAGGGGAGCACAGAAUCUCCUCUGUCAUUGCCAAUAAGACCAAUCAGAAAGUGACUGUUCAUGUAAACAACGAGCAGAGCAGGAACUGCUGCAGCAGCAGGGGCAUGACUGUGUUUGCAGUAGAGAUUCCAGCCAGGACUAAGAUGGUGUGCCAGCAUGUUCUACCCAUUAAUGACAAACAGGACUGGACCUACAACUGCUUGGAAACCAUUUUGCCCAGCAUAUGAAAGACCUCCACAACUAACAGCUGCUGUUUGACUGAACUUUUAUGAGGAUAAAAUCUUCUAAAAAGCAUUUUUACUGUUGCAAACAAUAAUAGCUAAAGAGAGUGGAUGCAGUAUCCAUAGAAAUGAUUUAAAAAAAGUAAAUAUUAGGACAUUUUCUCAUUA